GGAGACUUUAACGUCUUUCUCAAACCGAGUUCAAAAAAAGAAAUUGACUUCUAGGAAAACUAUAUGCAAGGCAUUAUCAACGUCGUUCUAUCCAAUUCGCAAGGAAGGGGAUUCUUGUGACCUUCGUGGCUGGAGUCGUUAUCGACGGGAAAUGUCGGAACAGCAGAGCCAACGCUGGCCAUCCUCCGCGGCGGAAGACAAACAACAUCCGCCCAAAAGGCGCAAGAUCCGCAAGGGCACAUUAAGCUGCUGGGAGUGCAAGCGCCGUAAAACAAGGUGCUCCUAUGCAGCGCCGUCAAACAAGAAAUGUGAUGGAUGUAGGAGCCGACGGACAAAGUGCAUCAGCCAAGAGUUUCGCGACGAGGCGGACGACAGAGUCGAUCAUGAGGAAUCUCCGACAGUACAGUUGACCAGGCACGGCGACAAUACUGGAUCAAAUGCAUCACUCCAGUAUCAACCCGAUCAGGGGAAGAUUACUUUGUCAGCGAAAUUUCCGGAGAGAGAUGAUCACACUUCGAAGUCCAACUCAAAGGCACACUUAUCCGUUAAUGCCGCUAUUUCGAAUAUUGGACCAGAAGCACAGUUAACAAACAGACUUGACGAGAUAUCCGGCAUCCUCUUGGGGAAAUGGCCUGACCAGCAUGAUCUCGACUUGAUAUUGAGCAUUCCAGUCGAUAUUUCGACCUUAUUCCACGGAGUUAUAUACAAGCCGUACUCUACAUUCUAUUCCAAACACAUGGAAUCUCCAAAAGAGAUGCUUCAAUUGCCUCCGCAGGGUGCCAGGGCUCAUCCUGUGCUCAUAGCUAGAAGACUCUUGCUACUGGCAACAUACCUUCAAGGCGUUCCGCCCUCUUCAGCCAGCAAACUUGAUGGUUUGAGCUCAGACUAUCGUGCCAUCAUGUGUUGCCUCGUCGAUGUCGUCUCUAAGCUAGUGACUAGCAAUGAUGAACUUACCAACUCACUCGAGGGCAUAGAAUGCAUCAUGACCGAGUCUAUGUACCUCAAUAAUUCUGGGAACCUCCGACGCGCAUGGAUGACGAAUCGCAGAGCUAUGCUCACGGCUCAAUUGCUAGGGCUACACACGGGAACAGGCGGGCCGGUAAACAUCACACUAGAGCAAAAAAGCCGAGACCGGAUUGAUCCUGAUUAUAUGUGGUUCCGUAUCGUCCUCUCAGAUCGCGCUCUGUCGUUAAUAUUGGGGCUUCCCCAGGGCUCCUCGCUCGACGACAGCUUUGCUUCUCCGAAUGCCUUAGAGUCAUGCAUGGCUCUGGAGCGCAUAGAGCGUAUCCAGGCAGUUGCUGCCGGGCUUAUACUGCGUCGUAACAGCGCCGAGGCGAGCGAACUGUUAGAAACUUACAAGAUUGACAAGAUGCUCCAGGACGCCGCAGCCCUGAUGUCGCCACAGUGGUCUGUAACGAUACAUAACACUGCUUUCGUUCCCGACAAUGAAGUAAAGAUAUUCGAAGAUUCGAUCCGCCUCAUGCAUCAGUUUACGCAUCACAACCUCUUACUACAGUUACAUCUACCAUUCAUGUUACAACCUUCUUCGGCAGACGGUCCGAAUCAUGAUUACAGCAAGAUGACUGUUAGUGCCGCAAGCCGCACCAUCAUCUCUGAUUUCGUGGCCUUCCACAAUACCAAUCCUCUUCCGUAUUAUUGCCGGAUGAUUGAUUUUGUAGUUUUCAUUGCCAGCGUGACGCUGUGCAUCGCGCAUAUUGAUGCCCGGCAUCAGCAUCAAACUAGCAGUGACAACAACUGCGUCGGAAGAGGCAGCUUCACUGCUUUGGAUUCACUGCGUCAUCAGCGACUGAGGGAUCGAGGAUUGCUUGACUAUAUUCUAGAGAUCAUGGAGAUGAAAGCGCGAGCCAAUCACGAUAUCGUAGCUCAGAAGAUUUCUGCGAUCAUCCGACCUCUCCUCGCGGCCGAGAGCGAUUCCGAUAACGGGCGAUACUACCUAACCACUGCAUCUCGGUCGGUUGAUCAAAGAACUUAUAGCCAGAAAUCACAACCUCAGAGCUUGGGCGAAACUGGCGAGACUCCUAAUAAGUUGCUAAUCUAUAUUCCACAUUUCGGCACUAUCAACAUCGAAGCACAUCCAGAGGUUACCAUUGGAGAAAAUGCAUCAAUCUUAGGUAACAACGCCACAUCUCCGAGUGCUGGGCAUGAAGUUUUGCAGGACGCGGUGAUAGAAGUGGAUCAUAUAGGACCCAGCGAUCUCGACUGGCAAGCGGUCCUCUCAACAUAUUCGAACGCAUGUUUAGGGAGCGACGAUUGGUGUAGUGCUGGGAUAUAAGCUAUGUUGUGAUUUUGCAAUACCAAACCACCAUAAGUCCAAUACUCUUGCAGGAUUACUCCUACUUGAUUAUGUGUAGAUAACAAGGUUAUACUUUUUAAUCAAGCUUCCCU